UCUAUCGAUCGCUUUGUAAAAUUGAACAUCCCUGAGUUAAUGAUAAGCGGCUUAAGAGAUUUUUUAAAGUUUUAUGAAGUGACAGUAAACAGUGCAUUUUGAAUAUUUCGCUUGCUUCAAAUAAAUCGUCUCUUGUUGGUAAUAGAAUGAGGUCUUUGAUCCUUAAUAUUCACAAACGCAGCUGGGGCUCCCUGGCUCCAGUAGCCAGGAAGUGGAUAUAUGCAAAGACGUUCAAGGGAGAACCAACAUAUGAAAAUUUCCGGCUUGAACAGGAAGAGCUACCGGCUUUAAAAAAUGGAGAAUUCCUCGCGGAAGCUGAAUAUCUUAGCGUCGAUCCUUACAUGCGACCAUACAUGAUGGCGUAUCCCGAGGGAACGUUGAUGAUCGGUGGCCAGGUGGGAACGGUGAUCGAUAGUAAAAAUCCAGCGUUUCCAACAGGGUCCUCUAUUUUUGGACAAUUCGGGUGGCGAACACACACCGUUUGUAAUCCCGACGAGCUAAAAGCAGAUCGCCCGUACGUUUUACCAAAUUUUGGAUCGCUGCCUAAAAGUUUGGCCUUGGGAGUACUGGGAAUGCCUGGUAACACGGCGUACUUUGGAUUAUUGGAGGUGUGUACUCCCAAGGCUGGCGAAACAGUUGCCGUAAGUGGUGCUGCAGGUGCUGUAGGCAGCUUGGUGGGGCAGAUAGCUAAGAUUAAAGGUUGUCGUGUAGUGGGAAUAGCCGGAUCAGAUCAGAAAUGUCAGUGGUUGAAAGGGCUGGGAUUCGAUGAGGUGAUCAACUAUAAAACCACACCCAACAUUUAUGUUGCAUUGAAAAAGGCCGCACCCAAGGGUAUAGAUAUUUAUUUCGACAACGUUGGAGGUCAAACGUCGGAGGCGGUUAUAAAGCUAAUGAAUUUAUACGGUAGAGUUGCGGUCUGUGGAACGAUUUCGAACUAUAAUUCUUCCAUUGAGAAGGUAACGGAUCCCUUGCGAAUGAUGGUUUUCAAGCAGUUAAAGAUGGAAGGAUUUGUGGUAUGGCGUUGGAAUAACCGUUGGAUGGAAGGAAUUAAUGCCAAUUUGCAGUGGAUUAAGGAAGGAAAACUGAAAUGGCAUGAAACUGUUACUGAUGGUUUUGAGAACACACCAGCUGCUUUUAUGGAUAUGAUGAAGGGCGGUAACAUUGGUAAGGCUGUCGUAAAGCUUUGAAUUGGACCAGUCCAGUGCAUUUUUGAGGAUAAAUACGGGUUUGAAUGUUGUAGAAUAAAAUAAUCUUUGAAGAAAA